AGAAAGCGCACACGCGGGAUGGUACUCGCGGGCCUCAUUAGAUAUUCCGUUUGGUGGGCGCGUAAUUGAGAAAAAUUGUACCGCGUACGGUCAAGUCGAAUACGUUGUAGCAUUCAAGAGACACUCAAAGGAAAAGAUAAAUUCUCGACGCACCGUACGCGAUGCCUUUUUGCAAGCGAGUACAUACGAAGGGUCGAGUUAAAUGUCGAUUCCGCGGAGAGUUAAAAGUGCAUAUGCAACGCUUCCCUUGAAUUUCACGAUUUCUUCGCGUGCACGGCGGACUCGUCGCGAAUUUCAAUAUAAUUCAUUUGCUUCUCUCGUAAUAUUGUCUCAGGACGAUAUUACGCUUUUUCCUCCGUAUUUUCGCGGAACGUUUCUUGCAUAAUAAUAUUUCUGUUGUAUAUCGUAUCGGAUAGAGCUGCAUUAUACAACAAAUGUGUGACAAACGCGAUCGAAAGAAGCACUUAAAACUCAGUUGGACAUAAGUCGAAGGAGGAUUGAGGGAUGUACUGUAUAUCGUCUAUUAUGUGACAACGCUAAUUAUCGGUUGUACGGCUCGCGUUUAUUGAAUGGCUUCGACGUUAUAAAGCACCCUUCGUAUACAAUGAGAGAUAAUCAUAGUUUGUUAUUUCAGAUGAAAACUUGUAGUCGACGGUUAUUAUGUGAUAUUGUUAUAUCACAAGCAUCCUAGAGCAGAGACUACUGCGCCGAGCGUAGAAAUGCGAAAUAUGACAUAGUAGUUUUUACGAGCUUGAAAAAGAAGACGAGUCAAUAUUGUAUUAGGGACAACGGAAAACCACGUUUGCGAGGAUUGUAAUUGCCCGGUUUCCUCUUCCUGACGUGGUACGUCUUCGUUGUUCUUUUGAUGCAACCUACACACGAAUAUGGUGGUAUAAUAUGGCACAUAUAGUUAUUAUACGUGGCUGGCGUGGCUUCUCGCUAUUGUAAAAGCAUCUGUUGUUCCGCCGUAGGCCACCGCGAUGCUCCAAACGCUGACAGUGGAGAACGAAUAAAGGCGGAAAAUCGGAAAUUGAAAAUUAAUUUCCGUACGUCACCACCACUUCGUCGUUCGAACAGCGUCAUACUAAACUCAAGAAUAUUGUAAUGGACGUAUCAUCCUUGUAAGCUUAUCAGCAAGCUCAAAACAACACUUAAAAGAACGUAUACAGUACGAAUGAAAUUCGGCAAGCUUUCAUUUACAAGUUUAUUAAUUAUGAUAUAAAAUAGAGUUAUGCGAAUCCAAAACAAAUCAAGAAGCUCGAAUUGACUAAACCAUUCAAAUAUUUCACGUUCAAUAGCUAUGAAGCUAUCUUCUAAAAUUUUUCUUCCUCGUCUUUUUCCUUUAAAACUUUUCUUGAUCGAAACUUUGCUACUUUUGCUCUUUAAUCAUGAUAGGGAAGUUCAAUCUCCUCACAGGAGAAUGUCAUGGGUGUCUUUCCUCUCUUUUUUAGGUCGUCGGCCGCUUCCUCGCGAGCCGCGGAGGAAGGACCGGCUCGCAGCGCGGGCGUGCCUGCGGAGCGGACGUCGAAGAACCUGAGGAGAAGAGGGGUAGCUACAGAAGGAACCCGAAUGAGCUGCUGCCAGGUGUACGUAUUGGCCAUAGGGAUAGGUAGAAAACAAGGUGGGAACCAUAUGUUGAUCUGCUGACGGACCCUCCGGCACGCGCCGGGCGCACUCAAACUCGGACCUUUACACCGCGAGGAUCGGGACUGCGGUGUCCACCGUGGUAUCCUUUUGCUAGUCCUGACUUGGCAGUGCCUGACAGUCCAAUCUCAAUGUUGUUUCUUCCACGGUGCGGAAGACGCGAUAUAAUGAACGUGGUGAUCAGAGAUUGUCGAUGAAAAGUCCAGCGCGAAAAAUAAUCGGUCGGAUCACGUGGGUGAUGUAUUGGAUGAUAGAUCCAAAGUUUUUCGAGGAGUCUCCCUCUUGAUAUUACAUGGGGAGUACUUCGUCGGAAGUACACGGUCGCAGAUUUAAUGGACAGCAGAAAAAUGGUGAUCAUGUCGCGACUGUAAGAGUUGUUGAGACGCCGAACAUUUAUUUAGUGUGUAAUAGAGACUUAGUCCCGUGAAACUAGUACGCUCACGUUGUCCAAGAGCCAUUAAUUGGCUGAAUGGGAUUAUCGUGUUUCAAUGUGACGCAGAGAACCUCCUAUGGUGAAGAAGAAGCAGAAUGUCAUAAAAUCAUUCGCUUAGAAGUGACAAAUCGCAUGAAAUUUGCAUUUUGCAAAUCGCAUUUUGCAACACAGAACUGUUCCAUGAGCCUCUGAUCGAUCAAGCAUCGACUGUACAUCCACUUGCUUGCUGAAGUAAUUUCGGUUGACCGAUCAUGGCCCUACUGUCAAAUCAUCACUGCAACUAUCAGAGUACACAGUCCGAGAUGCUGACACCGGCGUAUCCAAAUUCAGCGAGGAGCUACGACCCGCUGUAUCCAUCGCCGUACAACUCCCCGAAUUAUGAUUCCGCUAGAAUCGUGUAUCGGGACACUUGCACGCACGAAAGCGAGCUAACGCCACGAAGAGAGAUCGAAACGUUGGAUUACACCAAGGAAUCGGUAUCGGAAUACGCGAAGACUCCAGAGGGAUAUGAUCGAGUACCCUACGGCGUUUUGACGCCUGUCACUCCACAAAGGUAUGAACCGCCGCACUCAAUGGACCAGACGACGUCACCGCGCUCGAUGUUGUACGAGGAGAGUUCCAUGGAUUAUCAACCGCCUACAUAUUGCUACGAGACUCCUCCGCAGGAACCGAGGUACCAAUCCCUGGAGAACAGCAAACCGAUCCUCACGAUCGUCGAACCUCGCGUCAAUUGUUGGGAGCCCAUCAUCUCGAGUCAGAAGAUGCCGACGACGCCGCCUGUGAGCCCGCGGAAGGGCAGACGGAGGUCACGCGAUGUUCCACCGUCACCCACGGUGCUGAAACGCCGGCGUCUUGCUGCAAACGCGCGCGAAAGACGUCGCAUGAACGGUCUGAACGAUGCCUUCGACAAAUUGCGCGAGGUCGUACCGAGCCUCGGGACCGAUCACAAGCUCAGCAAGUUCGAGACCCUGCAGAUGGCACAGAGCUACAUAGCUGCAUUGUGCGAUCUUCUGCAGAGGCAUGAUAGCAAGAGAUAGACGGGGAGAUGUGAUCCAAACUAACAAGUAUUGUAUACGCACAUUCUACUGCUUAAAUGUGUUAAUUUUACGAAUCGUGAAGAUGAGAGAGAAAGAGAGAUACAAGUUUGAGUGCCUGUCUUCUUCUUUGAUAAGUCCCUUGAUACAACAGCGGUCUAAUCUGCUUUAAAUAUAAUUUUAAAAUAAUAUCCUGAAUUUCUUAAGAUUUUUUAAAAUUCCUCAAACUUUUAAAUAAGUCGGUUAGACCGUUGUUACUUCAAGAAACUAGUAACGAAACGCACACAUCAUAUUUCAAUGAACAUCCAAAGAUGUAAUAAGCUAUUUGUAGCAAAUGGUAUAAUAAGACUGACUGCACAACCAGCACAAAGAGCACUACUAUUACUAUAAUUCGAUGAAUAAUUAGUUGCGUGUUAUAUAUUUAAUAAAGAUUAAUUGCUGCAUUUUCACAAGACAUCAAUAUAUUUGCUAAUGUAUAAUUUUUAUAGUCAUUACGCAAAGGGUAAUUAAAGUGAUUUAUUUAAUUAUUUUAACUUAAUAAUAUCAAAUUAUAAAAAUACAUUUUGCAGACUUUGUCAUAUAUAUUUCUUUUAAUUUAAUUUUAAUAAAUUAUCUCUAAUAUAUUUUUAUAUUAAAUGAAGACAUCAAAAAGUACAUUAGGUAACGACAAAAGACAACAUUAACAUUCUUUUUUUACAUAUAAAAAUCUGCAUUAUAAUUCGAAAAGCAAAUACGUAUCUGCUUUAUGUAUCCUAGUUUAAGAAAAAGAAACAGCUAAAGAUCCAAAGACUAAGCGCAGAGUAGCAACAAGAGCUCACAGGCAGUUUUAUAAAGAUACGUUGGACUUAUUUGUUAAGUAUAAUUAAUAUAUUAUGUUACAACACAUCGAGAGAAGUUCUGUAAUUUCAGUAAAAAUAUGACAAUUGUAAUAUUUUAUUGAUUAUUUAUGUUAAACAUCAAAGAAAAUUGAACAUUGUAUUACAAUACCGUAACUAUAUCAUAUCAUUCAAUGUGAUGUAUAAUUAUAUCAUUAAAUUUUUCGUGUGAAAAGUUUUUUGUAAUAGAAGAUCUAAAUUUAAGCUGCAUACUAUUUUGACGAAUUAUAGAAUUAAUAAAUCGUUCAUUGUAAAAUUGUAAUUAUUGUCGUAUCUAGUCAUGAUUACAAUUACAUAUGCAUUAGCUUAUUUCUUAUUCAUGUAAACUUUCGUCUUUUACUUAAAUAUUUUAAUAGCUAUAAUUAAGUUAAAGAUAAUUAUUCUAAAUUGAUGAUAAUGUAAAAAAAUGUAUACUCCACUUAUUUGUACUAUAAUCGCCAAAGAUCUAAAGCAAGACGGGGUUAUUAAAAUUAAUGACCAGGAAAUUGCGUUCGGGAACUUGAUAUGCUUGACCAAAGAUUUUUAUAAAUAAAUAAGAAUCAUUGUACAUUCGAUAAGCAGAUAUGUCAUCGAGACAAUUAAUUUUUAAUAAAUGUAAGUGCGAAUAAUUGUUAGAAUAAUUUUACCAGAUAAUAUGAUUUUGUACACUGUUGUAAAUAAAGAAAGGUGUGAAUAAAAGAAAUCACAUGAAAAUACAAUAAUCGUUUUGUAUUUUCGAGUUUUUCUGAAAACAUACGUCUAUCUACCAUCUUUUUUCUACCUGAUAUUACGUGUAUGAUAUCAUAUGAUUGAUACGAUUUUAUAAUAUCGUUCUUCAUUUAACGUUCAAAAAAUAGAAACAGCAACAGAUGACUUGACUUUGUUUAAUAGUUUAUUUUAAGCUGCAGCGCACAAUUUUGCCGAUUGAAUAUGAUUAAGCAAAGUGAAUCGCCGCGUAGCGAUGCACGACGAUCAUACCGCAACUCUUCCGGUCAUCUCGUGCAUAAACGUCGAUUUUCCGGUUCUGCGGGCGGGCGCGUGACCGGCACACGCACUUGUUGCGACCGCCUUUCCGUUUCCCCGAGUGGAAGUGCCCCUUCUUUGCGCCCCUUCCGGAUACGAACCACUCGCACGCACUUUCCUUCCGAUGGCGCCUGCAUUAUAUUCGGUUUUGUCAUCACGCAUAUCCUCCUCGAUGGCGAUCGCUUUCUCUUUCGGGGGACUCCAUUGUGCAAGAUAUGCAUUUGCGCAUUCAUUGCAAAAUGUCUUUCCGUGAGAAUUCCUUAUGUCGCGUAGACACCGCAGUUUCUCUAAUUACUCUAAUUACUCGCGUCACAUUUGUUCAUUUGUUCAUUCGGUAGCGUUUCCUUUUGCUUCCGAAAUAACCGGACGAGCGCGAAUUAAUGUAACGUUACGCACAUGACACAACCGGCAGCUGUUGCUGAUAUAGCCAGGAACGCAUUGUCCGCACGUUAAAUAUUAUAUAACGAAUAUAUUAUUAUUUGCAUUUUUAUGUGAUAUGUGAGUAACGAAUUAUAUAUUAUUUAUUUAGAAUAGCUAUAUAUAUGUUCUAUUUUAAUAAUAUUUAUCGUUAUGUUAAGACGACAAAAAGGAAAGAACGCAGGCGUGCGUGUGUCUUAAUAAAUAAAUAUUGUAAUACUAAAAUAAAGAAUAUUAAUAUUGCUCUUGUAAGAACUAUACACGUAUUAUAUGUCGGAUAUUAGUGAAACGGAAUGUUAUUCGUGUCUGUCAAACAGCAUCGGGAGCAAACGGACAACAUUCCUUAUGGCGAUCUCAACGACGGCCCUAAGAAGGCGAUAAGAGCUGUCGAAGACAGAGUACAAGAGGAGGACGUGGUCGCGAAACAACACAGUGAGAUGUCAAGUGCAGACGCGUGAGAAUAUGACGCGGCAUCCUUAAAAGGCGCCCAUGUAUUGGAUGCUUCUUGAUUGAUCCGAUGAAAUGAUCAAUUAACGUACGUCGAAUUGUUGUCAAGGUAUUUAUAUGUGAGUUCUCAAACCGGAACUCCUGGUUGUCCACCAUGACAAUAUAUGGUUCUUCUUGCUGGUCGAAAAGAAAAUCGAUGAGCACGUAGAAGACUCUGUAAAAAAAUAUCAAAGAAGGAAAGUGUUGGUGUAACAUCAUCGAUCGAAUAUUUAAUUCUCCAUAUUGAAGAAAGUGGAAAUGUGUUUUUAGAUCUUUGAAAAAAAAACGUAACUCAGAAGAGAACAAAGUUAGAAGAAAUAUUUAUAAUUUAUAGUAUAAUAAUUUAUAUUAUAAUGAUAAAUUAUUCCGUGCAACAAUAAUUUUAAUAAAAUUCACAGAAUUCAACAUAAAAAUUACAGAACAUUACAGCUUCUAUCACUUUUAAUGUAGAUUUCAAUAAGGAUUCCAAUAUGCAUUUCUAAGUUUUUAUUACUUCUGCUCUGUUUAAUACAAAAAAUUGAGCUGAGCAUCGAAAUUUGAGCCAAUUCCUGGAAAGAAGUAGCGAAGGUAACUGGAUUUGAUCGAGCCCUUUCCUAGAUUGGCGAGAUCGAAGAGGAGAAAAAAAUCUGUCAUUUCGAGAUACGUAGGCGGACAGCGGCACGUGCCCCACAAUAGAGCUCGUUAGCGAUUUCGUAUGAUUUCCUUUUUCGUUUCUUUCUGUAGAUGGACGUCCACGUUCCUGUCGUAAAUAAGGAUCCCUUCCAGCACCAGAUGUCCGGUAAUUAGCGAUCAUUAAUUACCUGAACGGACGGACCAACGUUCGGCGCGGGCUCUUGCAAGCAUGGAUCCCUGAUCUUCUGCGAUAUGUCUGUUCUGAACGGUAAAUUACUUUAAACGAGAUUUUCGCGCGCGUGUCUUUGCGAUACAUUACAUAUAAUUAAAAACAGAAAUAUAUAUCGUGACGAUAUAAUGUCUUUUUAUAUGUGUGACGAGCGGCAUUUUAUUAUUUUAUUAUAAUAAAACCAUUAUUAUCAUUAAGUUGAUGCAUAAAUAUUUAAAAAUCUCUAAUUGACAUCUUGUUGUGACAAGAAAAUAAUGAUCUUUUUAAAGGGAAUUUAAUUAUUACGAUAUAACGUUGCAUUGUAACUUUUAACGGACCAUGCAAAAAGAAAAGGAUAGCUAAUAAUAUCCCGUUAGAAGGAGGGCGGGGAAAGGCGCAAACGCAUUCUCGAGGAAAACGAAGAGACAGCGGGAAACUGAGACAGAUUUUGACCGAGUGGUCACUCAGCUGCAGGGCGUGACUAGAAGUGGUCAAGCUUAGAAAGGAUCGCUGAAAAUCGAUUUCAGGCACAAUUUGCGCCGAAUGCAUCGCUCCGCGCCCUUUCCAACGAGAAAACAAAUUGCUUCGAGAUUCGAUUAUCCUUUUCAUUUUCUUCGCGAUUCUCUCCAUCGAUAUAAACUCCAUCACUAAAGAAGAAAAGAGAGAAAUUACAUGGAUGAGCAAAUUACAUGGCUAUUUUAUGGUUACAUGUUACGUUUGAUUCAUAAGAAGAUUGAACAAUAGGAUUGCAAAAUUACUUAAAUAGCUAUAAAUAAUUAUUCUAAAGAUGGUGGCUCUGCAGUGAAAAUGUCAAGAUUGCGAUGACCGAAAUCAAAUUUAGAUCGCAACCUUUCUCCCGUGGCGUCCCGUGGGAGAUGUAAUUCGUUCCAGGCUGCAGGUACAGCGAGGAAGCGAUCAAGGUAUUGAAAGUUUCGGGACACCUUUCGCUGCCCUUAUGGUGUCAAAGUCGGCACCCCGGACGAGAUGACGAUUAUAGCCAUCUGACUCCGUGUCGAGCGGAUUUUUCCAUCGUCCUCGACACUCAACCCAUUCGGGAACUCGUUAAUCCUUUCGGCUAUCGUUAACUAAUAAGAGGAUGUGAACGCGCGGAUUCGAUUACCAGAAUCAGUUUAACUUGUUCGCCGGAUCGCGCUUUCAAAAUACAUCAGUGAAUUUCCUUGGCGCCACCCGGAAAAUCUAAAAUAUUUCUCAAGAAGCUGAAAAAUAUUAAUGCAUUUCAUAAUGUCGCUGAUGUCAAUAUUCAAUUUAAUCGAUUAAGCUGUAAAAGGUUUACUAUUUUUUAUUAAAAUUGAUUAUUAUAACGUUAGAUAUUAUUUGAUCUAUUUUUGAUCUACUUGAAUAUAAAGAAGAAUUCUAUUAUAACUAAUUUAGAAAUAUAACUUAUAUAUAAUGUA